AGUAAUAGCACCACACCUACAAAGUCAGAUAUAAUAUCCCCGCUUAAAGAUACUUCAUUAGGUAAGUACUUUCCUGGAAUGAAAUAUUGUCCUCUGUAUAUUGUGUAUAUGACUGGGUGGGCCUUCUGAAUCUUGGUAGAAUAUAUUUCAUUCUCCUUCAAAUAAAUAAAUGUUUCACUUUGUCAAGUUAAAAAGAGUCAUAAAUAGCAAGUUAAAUGACUUCCAUGAAACAUUAAAUUCACAAAUUCUGUUAUUUCUUUGUGAUUAAUUUCGAAAGUCAGGCCAGUCUGCACUUGCAGUUAGUACCUCAUUUUAAAAAAACCUUUUUCAAAUCAGAAAUCCCUUACAAUAACAAUUAUUUGCAAGUUUGGAAUUGAUGGAAUGUAUUGUUAAAAGGUUAGGAAUGUGUUAAUAGACAUUAUUUGUGUUAAAUUGACUCAUAUUGACUUGAAGAAAAAGGGCUUUGUUUUUUCAUAUUGAAACUUGUUGGGUAUAUUACAUGUCUAUAACAUAAAUUUUCUGUAAUUUUAUAUGAGGACACACAAUAUGUUGCUCUGUAACCAUUUGAAGCCUGUGUAUACACAGAGCUUACUUUAUACAAAGGGGACAUAAUCCUGUGUAAAGAAUGUGGCGAUAAAAAUGGUUGGAUGAGAAGUAUGAAUGACAGCACGAAGCUCGAAGGAUGGAUACCAGCUACAUACGUUAAAAAGGGAGAAAUAAUGAGAACAUUAUAUCAGGCAGUAAGGGGAUACACAGCUCAGAUAGAUGGUGAAUUGACCUUCUCUAAAGAGCUGAGUGAUUGCGACCGCCCAAGAUGGUAUCUAGGAAUGCUAGCAGACGGCACAACUGGUCUCUACCCAGCCAACUACUUCAAACCUAGUCCAGUUAGUGCACAAAGUGAAGCUUAAACCCAACUGGUCUUGUCUGAUGGGUCAGCUUUAAAACCGUAACCUGCUGAAUUUGUAUAAAAUCUACUGCAUGGAUAUGAAAGCUGGCCAGACUCUAAAACUUGUAACAAAGGCUGAUCACUUUUGGUUCCAGCAAGAUAACACUUAACAGAACCAUAUUGAUAUGAUACCAAUAAAUCAUGAUUAGUUGUUUUGCAUGAGUGUUGAAGAAUCUUAGACAAUGUUAACUAAAAAAAUGAAUUUAGAAGCUGUAAGAACUUCUUCAGAAUCAUUGCUAAAGUAAAAUAAACAAAAUAUAACAUCACAUAGUGUUGCCAAUUGACUGGUUAUACUGUUAGACUCCUAUAGAGUGCUAUUGUCAGUACAUGUCAUCAAGGCAUAGACAAACUUUUGAAAUGUAUUGCUAUGUUAUAUAUUGUAUGAUCAUCCCACUUCUGACACCAUGUUAUGUUGUAUGGACGAUAACAAGAUUCAAACUAUUCUACAAUUUAUUAUAACCAUUUAAUACAUGUUGUUAAGACCAGAGCUCAAGUGAGAAUGACUCGGGUAUCAGAGAGGCAUGAUCAUAUAAUAUAUAACAUAGCAUUAAUGAAUAUCAAGUGAAGGGAAGUAAUCCAAUUAACUGUACAACUAAACAUGUAAAGAGUUAUCUGACCUUGAUACCAUAACAAGAACUAAACAUAUAGAAAUCUAUCCUAUGGGAUCAGAACACAAUAUGAAUUUAACCAAUGGUAUCAGAACGUAAUAAUCAAAAAAUCUAACCAAUGGGAUCAGAAUUGAGAAUUGAGAAUUUUAUUUAUCAGAUAUUAUAAUUUAUAUACUUACAGAUAUAGAUACUAUAUGUACAUUGAUAAUGCCUUUUAUUGUUAAUGUAUGAUUGCUGUACAUGAGAUUUUUAUUUUUGCCUUUAUCGUAUAUAUGUAUCAGUGCAAUUGUUAAACUGUGCAAUUUGUCUCCCUUAGUUUAAGUUGUUUUUAUGUUGAUUUUUAUUUUGUCAAAUUGAUAUUCUCUUGACAGUAUCAGUAUGUUUAAAGACCUAACAAGACAUUUUUUUCAUUGUAAUCAUAUAAAAGUUAACUAUAUGUUUAUGUGUCAGAUUCAGUUGUUUGUCUAUUAUCAUUUGUAGUCCUUGAUAUGUAGAUCUGCUCUUAAGACAGUACCAAAUGGCAAUCUUAAAGCAGCCUGCCUCCAAAUUCAUGCUAAUUUUCAUGAAAAUUUUGAAAGUGUAUUUUGAGGUAAACUAUUGUUAGGUGAACAAAGAAAGUACUUUACACAUUGCAAAUAGCUCUUACAAACCAUGUAGUGUGGAUUACCAUAAAGAGGUCAAAAUAUGUGAAAUAGCCCUUACUGCAUUAGUAUCACAGUUAAAUUACGGUUAUAAUGCAAAAUCAGUCUUUAAUCGUGCAUAACAAGAAAAUUAUUACUUGAGUCUUGUAUCAUUCUUUCGUUCUUAAAAUCUUAGGAUAUUUCAUUCAAGUUAGAUGUUCUUGAAAUGGAGGCAUGCAGCUUAAAUAGUGAAAGUACUAUGAUAGUUGCCUAUUUUGUGUUCCAUAUUUAAUUGGUGCAUCAAAAUUGCUAAAAGUUUGUCAAUUUGGAAAUAAUUUAAGUUAUCUGAUUAUCGGAAAUUAACUGUAUUUAUACAUGUAUAUAGUGUACAAUUGGACUGCUUUCCAAGUACAUGUAUAUGUACCUCAGUCUUGACUGUUUUUUAUGCCUAUGGAAGGUCUUUAAGCUUACAUAAUUGAUUGUAGAGUCUCAUUUUUGAUGAUCAGAACAAAAUUUUAAUUUGUAAUUUUGCUCUGUACACCUAUCUCUAAUUUUCAUUUGAUUAUUUUAGGAAUAUUUGUUUUUGAACUUAACAAUGGCUGCGUGGUUAAAGUAGGUCACAAACUUGAAUCACUCAUGUGUCACAGUUGUGUGUUGGAAUUCUGUUACAAAUUUUAGAUAUUUUUUUCUUUCUGUGAAUUUUUUUAUCUAGCUACCUUACCUAGCAAACUGCUCUGGUGUCCUCUCUAUACCUGAAAUAAUGCUUAUAGGGACACCUGAGGUUGUCCUCCAUGGGUUAAGCUGAAAAAUUGCCAUAAACCUUUACAGUGUAAAUGCUUCUUACAGCUUUACCAUAAAUAUGCUUUUCUUUAAACACUACAAUGUACCAAAAAUAUACAUUUUGUAUAAUAUUAUGUAAGAAAAUGCUAACUUUAAAUAAUUCUUUUCUGUCUUAACUUACAAGUGUUUACUUAUAUUGUACCCAAAAAAACCCAAACACAAUUAUUAUUUACUUUGUGUCUUGUUGCCAUGGAUACUGUCUGCUACAUUAUAAGAUAAUCUACAGUGCUGAUCUUAAUUGUGUAACUAGUGCUAUUUAAAUGCAAUGUUAUGUCUUUCAUUUAUUUAUUUGCUUUUUUAAAAGAGAUUUUGUUUAUUUUUGUCUCGGAUAUAUGCUUUGUUUACAGUUAAUGAUAAGGUUAAGACUUAAAAUUUAUUUUUUUCCAUGACAGUAGAGUCAGUCACCUCAGAUGAAGCUGCUUGUUUUUAGCUAUAUAAGUAUGGAUUUGAUGGCAGUUUUAUAUUCUUUUACACAUGAAAAAACUAUUCACAAAAUAUCUCCUUAUUUAAAGAAAGAAAAUGAUGAAAUGUAUGAAAUAUCAUGUAUGAGUCAGCAAUUAUGACAAUGUAUGAGUCAGCAAUUAUGACAAUGUAUGAGUCAGCAAUUAUGACAAUGUAUGAGUCAGCAAUUAUGAUGCCCAUGAACAUCAGGUGACUGUCAUAGAGACGUCGUGAAGAAGAUUUUUGUCCCACAACAAAGAAAUUAGCCUCAUAUUGAGCAAUAUGUUCUUAAAGCUGCAUACUUUUCUUAUGUCUAUGUAUUUGAUUCAGUUAAUAUCAGAUUUCAUCGCAAAUUAACUUUUGAUGAAAUUUUACCAACAUACUUUGUAUCAGAUAAAUCAGAUAUUUUAAAUUUAUGAAGGCUUUUUGGGCUGAAAUCAAUGUUAGUCCUAGUUGUUGUUUAUUUUAUUAUAUUUCAAGUAGUGAAUAAGAAUCUUUCUUAUCAAAUUCAAUUA